AUUAAAUCGCUGUAGAUUGUUUUCAUUGAAUCAACUGGUUCUUCGCAUUAUCUAAUGCCUAGAAUAUGAAACGCACAAUAGCCUCUGAUUCGUAUGACGGCGUGGACGAACGGCCAGCGAAACUGCGACGGCGCGACAGUUCAAGUACAGGUGCAGUACCAUCAAACAAAGAGCAGGAGCAGAUUACAACGCAACCCCUUUCACCUUUAUCGUAUAAUAUUAAUGAACAGGAACGUACACAAUCAGCGACUGUACAUCCGUCGAAACCGAUCAACAAACGUGAAAAGGAGAUCUUUGCAUGGAUACCCGCCCCAUCAGAGGAGUUUAACGAGGUUGACAUUAUGAGCCAACCUGCAUCUAAGAGGUCACGCUCACAAUCACCAUCGACCGACCGUGGACGCCCUCGUUCUGUUUCACCGAGUGCGAGUGCGUCAUCUCGUGAUGCUAAAUCACAUGCAUAUAAGGCGGCAAAUUAUGUCACGAUUCUAGAGACAAAAGGCUGCUUUAUGCGCCAUUCCCCCGCCGGUCCGACUUCUAAAGAUGUCGAGCUUUGCCAGCGACUCCUCCAUCAACCAGUUGAAAUCCCACGCGGUCUCUUCGACGAUGAGUUCAUCGAGGAUUUUCACAAUGCAUUACGAAAUCGAUCAGAAGCGCGACUGCUGGUAGAUUUACACCCACUCCUCAUGCCAUCUGCAGAGAACCUCUUUAUCCAAGGGAAGGACGGACUGAAAGAUGUGAUCGAUGGUUACAAUGAUCCAUGGCUCAAGACAGAGCCAAUCUAUGGUCCCAAACCACAGCCAGACCAUGCUCGAGGCUUACGGUGGUCGACCUUCUCAGACAACCAGCGGCGAAAGCUUGGAAUCAAGCCGGACGAAAAAUCUCUCUAUGCAGUGCGAGAAGAUAUGUACUUCCCUUACUUAACGGCAGAAAUCAAGUGCGGAAACCAAGCUUUGGAAUUUGCGGAUCGGCAGAAUAUGCACAGCAUGUGUAUUGCGCUUCGCGCGGUGGUCAGCUUAGCUGAGGCUGCCGGUCGUCUGGGAGAGGUGAAUCGGAGGCUCCUUGGCUUCUCGAUUUCGCAUGAAUUAGAGGGUGUGCGAAUCUACGGCCACUAUCCCGAGAUUGGCGAAGACGGGAUCAAAUAUUAUCGCUGGUUAGUGAAGCAGUUCAACAUUUGGGCAGACGGGGAUAAAUGGGCAUGUUAUCGUUUUGUGGAAAAUCUCGAUCGUGAUUUCCUUCCCAUCCAUACUGACCGGUUGAUGCGUUUUCUGGAAGAAAUUCCUGAUCCACAAGAACUCCCGUUUGAGCUCGAUGUCGAUGACGAUAUAAGCUCCCAAUCACGAAUCUGGUCCCAGGAACGGCCCUCAUAUAGCCGGGCGCCCUCUGCACAGAAUCGGGGCUUACAACCGGAGCUACGUAGCAUGAUUCAAACCUUGCAGCAGCAGUUAGAGGAACAAAAGUUACAGCAAGAGCAACUAUCAGCAGACCAGAAGGCGCGAGAAGAGAAACUUGUUGCUCAGUUGGAACAGCAGAGAGAAGAGCAGAAAGCACGGGAAGAAAAACUUCUCGCUCAAUUGGAACAGCAGAGAGAAGAGCAGAAAACACGGGAGGCAGAGCAGAAAGCACGAGAAGAGAAACUUCUAGCUCAGUUGGAACAGCAACAAGAAAGACUUUUUAAACUCUUAGAGCAGAAAGAGAAAUGAGUUGGAAAUCGAGAUAUAUCGAUACUUAGGCAGGGACCUACAGUAGCGUUUCUCUUCGAGCUGAUGGCAGAAAUCACGGAUUUAGCCUUUUUCGACGACUAAGGACGAUUCAGAACAGCUGUAGUAACCUAGGAAGAAUAAUUUAUACAUUUUCUCAAUUUUCG